UACUAACAUCUGAAUAUUUAUUUCUUCCAGGGUACCAUUUUGUUGGAGCAGAUGUUGAUUCGCAGGAAUUGUGGAUUGCUGCUGUGCUUGGUGAUGCAUAUUUCUCUGGUGAGCAUGGAGCUACUGCCCUUGGCUGGAUGACAUUGCAAGGGAAAAAGUCUGAUGGUUCAGAUAUGCACAGUCGAACUGCCAAUACAGCUGGCAUAUCACGUGAUCAUGCAAAGGUUAUCAAUUAUGGAAGAAUUUAUGGGGCAGGAUUACGCUUUAUUCAAAGGCUGUUGCGGCAGUUCAAUCCUAAAUUAUCAGAAGAAGAAACUCAGCAACGUGCCACCCAACUGUUUGCAACUACCAAGGGACAAAAAGGAUGGUACCUCAACAAUAUGGGACAAAAUCUUGCCUUGGAACUGAAUUAUCCAAGCAGUGGAGAAGCUCUAGAUCGCAAAGAGAUAAAUAAGUUGUUGAGGCAGGCCAGAUAUAACAACAUAGAGGCAUCCUUUUAUGAUGUUGUGGAUGGUCCUGCUGUAUGGGUAGGUGGCUCUGAGUCGUAUAUGUUCAACUGUUUAGAAGCAAUAGCCAGGUCUGAGGAGCCACGGACACCAGUACUAGGGGCAAGAGUAACUCGUGCUCUUGAAGCAAAGUAUGUGGAUGACCAGUACAUGACUAGCAGAGUGAACUGGGUUGUCCAGAGUUCAGCUGUUGAUUAUCUUCACAUCAUGCUUGUGUCAAUGAAGUGGUUAUUCCAGGAGUACAACAUUAGAGGGAGAUUUUGUAUUAGCAUCCAUGAUGAGGUGAGAUACCUUGUAGCAACAGAAGACUCCCAUCGUGCUGCUCUGGCUCUGCAAAUCACCAACUUACUGACACGUUCACUCUUCGCUCAAAAAUUAGGUUUCAAAGAUUUGCCUCAGUCAGUAGCAUUCUUCAGUGCAGUAGACAUAGAUUAUGUUCUUCGAAAAGAGCCUCAUCUAGACUGUGUUACACCUUCAAAUCCUGAAGGACUGAAUAAAGGGUAUGGAAUUCCUCCAGGAGAGGCACUUGAUAUGCAGAAAAUUCUUGAGAUCACCUCAGGUAUUCUUGAGAAGAAUGGAGAAGUUGCCAGAUGAUAGUGUCAUUUUGCUGUAAGUACCAGUACUUUGAUGGCAUAUUUGCAUAUUUUUUUUACUUUCUGAGGUUGUUGAGAAUGAAUUUUAUUUUCCUAUUAUUUUAAACUUGGUAUAAUCAUGAUUUGCAUAACAUCCAUUCACAAUGUGUCUGGUGACAUAUAUAUCCAUAGCAUCCAGCAUCUAUUUCUUGUGUUCAUAAAAAACACCAAAAGACAUAACUAAGAAAUGUAUCUUGGCUCAUUGAUAUAUACUGCUAUUUUGUCAGUAUAAAUAGUUUCCUCAAGAAGUUCCUAUAUCCCUUGUGUUACUUUUUAUAAAGAUGUGGCAGUAUUGCAGUGAUAGCCUGGGUAUAUAUGGCUAAACAGGCCAACAGGAUGACCCAUACUGUAGUAUGGCUGGUAAUAUUGUGUAAAUAGGGAAGUGCUUAAAGCAUCAGUAGAAAAUAGUGGAUAAAGGAACUUUCUGAGUUCAACUACACUGUAUUCCAGAUUAAUACUGAAUAUAGUAUGCAUACUUUUUACCACUAUAGUGACGCAUACCAUGCGCCAUAAAGUAGACAUUAGAUAGUGCAUGCCUUUACAAAUACUUUAAUAAUUCUCUGGCAACUGAUGGUCCUUUACUCUUAAUCCAAACAGAAUAACAAUUGGACACUUGAAUUUCCUGAGUCUACCAGACUAGUUUAUUGGACCACCAUAGGAGGCAUCAAGUGUGGUGGGACAAGUGAAAGGUUAGCAGCUUAGAUCCUUGCAGAUACCUGGUAGCAUUGUUAUGUGAGGUUAACAAGAACUGCUACUGCUGUAUU